AUGAUGGUGCGGCUCUUUUCUUCGUGGUUUGUCUACAGAUGGCAACACAAGGUCACCCCGUCGAGGCGACUCAAGAAACAUGCUCAGCGAGGCUUGCUGGUCGAGAGGCCGAUAGGGGAAACCCUCACAAAGGCCGUAGGACUCGUGGAUGCCUCUGUGGCACACCAGCGGCGCAUCAGGAACCUCUUCAGCGAGCUUGAGUCCAGAGAGAAAACGCUCGAGCAAACGGACAAUAAUGGGGAGGGGGAGGUCCCUGCCGUGGUCCAGAUGGCUUGGCACGAGUCCAGAACCCAGGAAAUACGGGUAUCCAAGAAGAUGAACGAACUGAGGGACGAUGCCGAUUGCGACAACGCGAUCGCACCCGUUCGAGCGAUCCAGCAGCUGGAGGCCUACCUGCUGUCUGGCGUGGCCGUCCUCAAGAGCUACAUGACGACGGGGGCGCGCAUCACGGUCACGGAGAUUCUCUCACUUAUGUCUCAGGUGACGUUCGCCGCUCACACCGCCGAGGCGCUGUCCCGCUGGGCCGGCGAGGCCAUGGAGACGCUUGGGAGGGAGAGGGACAGAGCCCACUCCCUGCACAGGGAAAACGCGCAGGUCUCGAGGGAGGCUACCCUGGCGCAGAAGGAGAUCAUGAGCCUGGAGGCCAAGAUAUUCCACACCAGAAAAGAGCUGGAAUCAGCAAAGGCAUACGCGGCAAGGAUCAAGGCCGAGUCGGGCGACAUGCGUGCCGUAUUUGGUGCGAUCGAUGAUUCCGUCACCGCCGCCGGUCUUGAGCUCAUUACCCACGACGCCAGCGGAGAACCUCUCAGCGCUACCCAGGCGGCGUUCGGCAUGAUCAAGAAGCUGCGGGAGACCUGCAUCAGCCAGCAAGAUCACAUCGGAAGGUGGGAGAGGGGAAAAGAGAGGCGGAACGGGGGGGGGUCGGUGUUAGGGUUGCGCUGGGAUUGGCGACCUCCCUCCGCAGCCAAAGAAACCCCGUUUCAAUUUCUAACCAACCCCCGAACGCAAACACGAACGCGUAGGCUCGAGUUCUUCGUGAAGAGGGGGAAGCUCGACCUCGAGCAGGCGGAGAUGACGAUCAAGGACAUGGGGCGAGACAGUAGCUCGAAGCGCGCUCGCAAGAAGGCCGCCGCCACCGCCGCCGCCAAGAGCAAGAGCAAGAGGGGCGCCUACGGCUCCAGCGCAAGCAGCGGCGGCAGCGGCGGCGGCAGGGCCGGAGGGCGGCCGCCAUCCCCGACGCACGGCAACAAGGCCUCGGCGGCGUCGAUCGCCGUUUCCACCGCCAUGUUCAUGGCUUCCUCGCAUUCAGCAGCGAGAGUCCCGAGCGGCGAUACGUACAGCGGCACCCGGGCCGGCAGCCCCUCGUCCUCGUCGUACAACACUCCCACAAACGAUGACGACGCCGCAACCGUCACGUCCACCGACGCCGGGCAGAGCAUCACCACCAGCAGCACCACCGCCACCGCCGCCGAUUCUUCUCGGGCAGGGAUGCAAGCAUCUAUGAGGACGCCGAGGGCCGGGGCGGGAGCGGAUCGAGACGGCACGGCCGUCUCCGUUUCGGCAUGCACCGCCGUAGAUUCCUACAGCAACAACAACGCCACCGACCGCGUCGGAGGGAGAGGAAGGAGAGGAGGGCGGCGGGCGACGAACACCGAAACCGCCAUCGGCGGGAGCGACGGCAGUGUUCCCAACUUGGGGAGGCGACGCAGGACGCAAGCAGCCGUAGCGGCGGGCGAGGGAGCGGGCGGAGGGAGCGGCAGCGGGGGCGGCGGCGGCGGUGCAACGUCGCGAGGUGAGCGGCACCGCGGCAGCGUGUCGCCGUCAUCGGCAGCGAAAGGUCCCCUCGGGUACUCACGGGGCGGCAGCGUCUCGUCUCCGCCGACGGGAAGAUCGAGGCGCGCGGGCGGCGAAAGCGGCGAGGCCAGACAACAAUCGCCGCCGCCGCUGAGAGAAGAGGAGAGCGGCACUGGAGAAGGCGAAGAGAAUGAGAAGCAGCAAUCGGAGCCGCCAGCAUGGGACGACGCGGGGGCUACGAAGACACCGGAGGAGGUAAAGGUGGAGGAAGAAGAGGGAGAAGAGGAGGUAGGCGAGACACAACGGACGAGCGGGAUCCAGCAACCGACGGGUGAGGAGUCACCAGGAAACGAACAUGCGUCAGCGGUGGCGACGAAGGAGGCAGGAGUUGCUUUGCCAGCCGUAGUUUCGGCACGGGAAGAUCGCACGACGAAACAGCAGCAGCAGCAGCAGCUGGUGGAGUCGUCUCCUGGGGGGCAAGGCGGCGCCAGCGCUGCAGAGGAGAAGGACCGCGGCGGGAACGGUGAGGAGGGGGAGGAUGAGGCACCAAGGGAAGGGAAAGGGUGUGACGCCGCUGGGGGCGUUGCCGGGGCGUCACUGAUAAUGACGGCGGUAAUGUCACCCGAGGCGUUGGGAGAGGGGGAGCAGGAGCAGGAAGAUCAACGAGCAGAACACGACAGCAGUUCCUCGCCCGCGUCCGACGCAGACAUCCGCGGCGGAUCUCUCGGAGAAGGCGCUGCCGGCAUGGUUGCCCCGACCGUAGAGAGGGCCAACCGACGCGCGUUGGAGGCCAUGAGGGUGCUCGAAGACGCGAUGAAGAACAGGCUCGGCGCCCUGCCCGGCCUGGACCCUGCCGCCAGAGAGCACCUCUCGACGGCCCUCCGGGAACAGGCAAGAGACGGCUUCCGCGGUGGAGGUAGUGAGUGCGUGUUGUUGUUGAAGGAUACCAUCGGGAGGGAUGUGCGGGAAGUCGCGGAGGAGGCGUCGGCCACCGCCGAGACGGAGAGCAUGAGGAUGAUGACCGAGCUCGCGAAGCGAGACGCAAGAAUCACGCAGCUGGGGUCGCGCAUUGAAGACUUGCAGACCCGGCUGGUGAACAUCAACGAUGCUCACGAGGCCGGGCUCGAGGGUCUCAACGAAGAAGCAGCCGCUGAAGCGAGGAGCGCGAGGCCAGGACGCCGAGAAGAAAGUGAGAGCAGCCCUACUGUCCAACAACCGCCCCUAAACGCGCAGCAACAACAACAAGAGCAGCACCAGCACCAGCACCAGCAGCUUUUCUUCGACUCGGAACUAGAACUAGAACCUCGUGGUAUUGCCGAUGACACAACGACCGAACUAGACGAGGAACAGAAGCAUCACCACUACCAGCAUGGCGAUGGCAGGGAGGGAUCGGCAAGGCGACAAGGGUGGGAGGGACGAUAUCGUCCCGAGCGUGAUGCGCUUCAUAAUAACCAACACGGUGGCGUAACCUCCCGCGACGAGCACCGGCACCACCAGCAGGUAGCAGGUAGCGGCGCCGCCAGGCGGAGAGACGGCGGGCCGGAGGGGGGCAUUCCCACCGCUCAAUUUGGCGGCGGCAACGUCGGUGGCGUCAUUGGCGACGUCCAAUCGCCGCCGCCAACGAGAACGCCGGUAGACAGCGGCCACGGAAAAGAUGCCCACUGGGAAGGGUCCACGGGCAUCGGCCUCUUGCGAAGGGGGAAGAGCGCGGGCACAUUCUUGGCACAGCAGCAGCAACAUUCCGUGUCCAGUCCAGAACGGGGCGGCGGCGGCGGCGGAGACGGAGGGGAUGUGGGGAAGCGGCAUUCCCGCGACGACGACGACCCAGAUUCCCCUACGCGAAAAACUACCAGGGGUCUUUUCCGCUACCCUUCUGGAAGGGUGACCGAAAGCGGGGGGGGUCACUUUGGCGACAACAGGAGUAGCAACAACUUGCCUGGCUUAGGGGGCCGAGUCGAGGAAGACCAGCAGACGGUGUCGGUCUUAACGGCGGAUACGUCUUUUACGCAGAGUUCGAACAUCGGGGUGACAACUCGGCCGCUCGGUCAGCAGCAGCGGGACCCGCGGAAAGGAGGAAGAGGAGGAGGGAGGGGACAACCUCAGGGUCACCGGAGAGGCGUUGACGACCGCGAAAGUCCGCAACGACAGGAGAACGAACAAACUGGCGGCAUCGGUGUGAAAGGCGGUGAUUGUGUGGUUUCGGGGUGCGAGGGAGGGCGUCACGCUUCGCCCCCGGCUUCCGGCGGUAACGUCAGCGAGCAGCGUCAGCGGUAUCAGCAGCAGAAAGGGCAGCAGCAGCAUCGGCAACAUGGUGGUGCUGGCGGGUCUCCCGACCACCUCGGGGAAUACGGCGGCGGCGGCGGCAGUCUGGCACCAGCAGCGUCGGUAAAGGACAUGCAAGGCCGUGCCAGGAUUCAACACAUGCCCAAGACCGUGGGCGACGUUGUGCUCGCCGGUGCCGGCGGCGGCGUCGACGAAAGCCCGGAGAUGGCCGUGAUAGGCGCCGUCGCGGGGAAACCCGCCGUCGCCGAGCGAGGCCCUUUGGGGAAGGAGGCCAAGCACGGCGGUGACGAGAAGGGAGCUGACGGGGUGCGAAAAGAGCCAGAAGGAGCGGAGGGUGGGGGAACAGGCGAAGCUGGUGCUGGAGAUGAGACGGACGGGGAGGAGGACAGAAAGCGCCAGAGGCAACAGAGAGCGCUGCAGGCGUUCCUCAAGGGGGUGAGUGAGCGCGUGAGUCUUUGGCAAAUGUGGUAG